AUUUACGCUGUUACGUUGCGGUAGCCUUUUACGUAGCCUUUACGCUUUGGGUUGCGCUUACGCAAAUGGCGUAGAUCGACACAUUGAAGACGUGAAACGGGACCUCAGACAGAGUACGUGUGUAUUCAGAAUACCUCCUUUGCACAAGAAGCGACUCUUAUCAACCGACCAAACGUGCAAACCCUGCAAGGACUCCACAACAAAACUGAGAGAGACGUGCAGAGUGUUUCCCUGUUCAGUUUAAUUUGAGCCGCGUGACGGAGAAGGUAAGCGGAAACGGGGUUCACCGCACGAGCAGGGGUCUAAAUAUUCGCUACAACCAUAUAAGGGUUUGAUCGAGGUCUUUUCGCUUUCGACUGUAACGUUGCCUUUUGGUGAUCACCGUUAACCGUGCAGAUAAAUACAAGCUAGAAUGAGUGAUGGUGACACAUGCAUGCUAUAAAUCCUUUAUAAUCCCCCUCUGUCUUUGUUGUUUGGAGCCAACGUGGGUGAUGUAUUGCAACUACUGGCUCAUUGUAAGCAAAGUAGCAGAUUUCACCCAUUUCAGUACAGAUAACCCAAUCAGGUCUACAGCAGUAUCCAUUACCUGCAUGAUUUUAGUAUCGAACAUCCCAAAAUUGCAUUUGGCCGACAACCUUCUGUCCAUGUACUCUGAUGUGUGUUUCUGUAGGGUCCCUGUGUGUAGAAACAUUAGUAGCACCAGCCCUGCAGUUAGAGCUCAAAGCCUAAACAUGGUGAGGCUGGAGCUGGAUCAGGUGGUGAUGAGGAGGAUGAAGGAAGACGACAUAGAGAUGGCCAAAGCUCUCAUCAAGGAGGGCUGCGAGGGCACAGAAAACCGUCUCAUCCUCCACGUCCUCACUCGUCCGCUCUGCCUCUUCAUCCUGGCUGUUUUCUCCUCAAUGCUGCGCUGCCUCGUGCAUUCCUUUAUCCUGGCCCUUGCUAUUCCUGUCUUCCUGCUAAUUAUUUUUCUCAAAAUCACCAUGCCGCGGUCCACGGGGGUUCUGGGCAGCAGCCGGCCCUACUGGGACUAUGUGGGUAGCAGCUACAGAGGGACACAGGAUGAGACACUGGUGAAUCCUUACUGCAGGAUCAGUGGCAAGACACCAGGGACUAGAAAGCCAAGGCGCAGAAUCACACCCAAAGACAAGGACAAAGAUGUGUCAACAGAGAAUGUCACCCCAGAGAGGGAGCAGGAAGCAGGGCGCGUCUGGGUGGCAGAAUGCGAUGGCGAGAUCCUCGGCUGCGUCUUCAGGGAAAGCGAGAAGCGAGCGGACGUCACCAGGAUCUGCAGGUUGGUGACGGGCUGCUGGUACCGCAGGGAGGGCCUGGGCCGGCUGCUUGUCCAGAGUCUGGAGCAGAGAGAGAGGGAGGCUGGCGCUCACAGAGUGUACGCUCACGUCCCUUACCCGUCCAAGCUGGGGGAAGUCAUCUUCAGGAAGCUGGGCUAUCAGCAAUUUGGGGAGGGGGCUGAUGAAAAAGAAGAUGAUGAGGAGGAGAGGAAGCUUGAGCCUCCAGAGAGAGGCUUUCUGGGAUACCCCCUCACUAAAGUGUUUUACAAAGACCUGUGACUGAGUGAUGAUGGACUCAUGGAGAGAAAAAGGAGGCACUGGAAUUGCUAAAGGUGAAGAAGCCAUAUCACAAGUCAUUGCUGCAACAUGUUUGGAUAUUUGUUUAAGCUGAUCAUGUAUUGAAGAUUUGUGUUAUUUAUGUGAGUAUUUAUUUACUGUAUGUGUUGCUGUUCUGUUUGUUUUAACUAUAUUUUUACCGUUUCAUCAAAUAAAGUACCAUCUCCAUUCUUUAAAAAUAAAUGGUUAUGUAAAAAUGUAAUAUUAACACCAUGAAGCCACAGUCAUGCUGUUCUCUCAUUUAUACUGAAAUAAAAUAUUUAUGUAAAAUGUGUGUUUGCGUGGUUCUUUUCUCAAAAGCGUCCACACAGUAAAUUAUGUGUGAUUGCACACCUUAGUUUGUGUGUGAAAGCGUACAGAUGUGUAGGAGGAUGUACGGUUACUGUAUAGGAAGUAUGUGUGGUUUAUGUGAAUCUGCAGAAUUCGUUCACUGUCACGUACAGUAUGUUGGUACAUGAGUCUACUAGAACAGCACUCCCUCCCCUUUCUUCAGCUUUUCUUCCAUUUUGUUUUCUUUGUUAAAUAAAAAAUAAUGGUUAUUGUAGUUGUUAAAUAAAUAUUUUAGGGAUAUACUUCAUCGCUUUGAGUUUUUAACUACUACAAGCAAUUUUAGGGCUUCACUUUGGGCAGUGGUAACAUCAUUAAAUCAACCUAUUAAUUACAAAUAUAGAUUAAUUGAUAAUGAAAGUAACUCUAGCUGCAGCCCUAAAAUAUUGAACAAAUUACAAAGUUGAUCAAAAUCACAAAUGGAAAUCUACUUGGAUAUCUGUUUCCAAACUACUUUGUAUUGCAGAU